AUGGUUAGUAAGCAGAGGAAUCACGUGGAGAUGAAAUACGAUGAUGAGGGCGAAGAGCCGAAUGGCGACGACGAAGUGUCGGUGGAUCUAUCCCGCCCUCUGCCGGAGAUUCGAAUAGCCCCACGUUUCUUCGAUCGUAUCAACAAAGAAUGGAAACACGUGGUCGUCGUUAAGCCGUUCGAUGAAUCAAUUACAAUACCAUCGUUGUACAAUCGGCUGACCAAACUGUGGUCGUUCAUGUCGGGAUGCAACAUGAUGGAUCUCGAAAAUGGUUCCACGAAAAAAAUGGAGACGGAAAAUAGAAGAGAAGAGCCGAAGUACGGCCCGUGGAUGCAGAUCCCGCAGCGAACGCGCCAACCGUACUCACGACGAGUUAAUGGAGGCGAGAAGGGGCACAAUCCGAAACACCCGCAACCAGAAUCCCGGCUCGGAUCUCGGUUCACCUUAUUAGAUAGCAAGGACACUCGGGGGGAAAACCUUAGUUUUGCAUUUGGGGCCCACGUGUGGGGCCAACCGGCGAGACCUCUGCAGCAUUGA